GUUGAAUAUUCCUAUUUGUUUCUUACAUUAUUUUUACUUUUACAUCUCAGCUUCCGCUCACUCGAGAUCGUCCUUAAUGCCCCUAGCUAUGUACUAUUGUUUCUCUUUCUAGUUCUACUUCUACGACGGCGCAUGACAUCCCCAUUUGGAGCGAAUGCGAACAAUGUCAAUCAAUAGAAGAACUAUCCGCAUCUGUAUGCUACCCGAUUUGUAGAAAUUAUCGGAGUUGUCCCCAGUUGUUUUCUUAGAUGACAAGCCCGCUCGUCUCUUUGGUAUCGUUUUUCAAAAUUGUUUUUGUAAUUGUUGGUCUUUGUUGUCGCAGAGUGUAAAGAUUACCCUGCUCAUGCAGGCUUCUACUUGUUCUGAGCCUGAAAUACGUUAGAACUAGAAGAAGAAGAAGAAGAAGAAGAAGAAGAACGAUUAUACUUUAUAACUGUUCAAACACAAACGAAUUGAAGAUAUCCACCACCUUAGUCAACGGGAAAACAUCCUUCGAAUUGAUCCUAGCAAACAACACGAUCGAGCACAGCAUCAUGUCCGCCUCAAUAAAGGACCUGGACUUGGAGUUUCCAACCAUGCGGCUUUUUCGGAGCGUCGAGGACGAGCCGUUCCCGCAAGUGGCGGCAUCGGGCAAAAUGGACACGCGGCAGCCUGAGGAGAAUCCGAAGCAAGUUUCUGUUACGACUUCAUCUACAAAGAAAGCGGGAGCAAGACCACCACCUGUUUUGAAUUAUCGUCUGAAAUACAAGAAGAGCGUCGAUCUGACAACCAGCAUAAUCGGAGGGGACGGUGCCUAUACUGAUGGAGGAGUUCCGAAGCCGCUGACGCCAGUGGCGUAUCCGAGGAAAGGAACAGCGGACAUGUUCAGAAGCAAGACACCGUCAUCGUCAAGUACAAGCACGACGUCUGCUUGGAAAAUAGCUAGCACAAGUGCGCCACUAAGUACUACUGCAACGGGAGUGAAGUCACGCUCUUUGGGCGGGCCCGCGACUACAUCGGCGCUGAGUGGACCACAAGAACUUCAACUGCCGUUCAGAAAAGCGAUAACGCCAGGGCGAGUUGCAUCAACUAGCCUUCUCGUACCGUCAGGAUCCUCCAGCGGCAGUCCUUCCGACAGUGGAACAGUGCCUUCGGAUCGCAGCCGACGGUCGGCAGCUGCACAAAGUGAAAUGAGUUUGAGUAGUGGCGCAUCAUCAUCUGGCGGAUGUGCUGGCCACGUUUCCAGUGCAGGAGGUGGGCCUUACAGGAGUAGGAGUGUAUCUGCUUACAAUCAACAGCGGAUAGUGCAGCCGCAGCUUUCUCUCAAAGCGCCAGUCUUUCCUGGCCUGGGUGGACCGAACAAUCGCCCUGGUUCUUUGCUGCGGACAUCUUCGGCCAAGGUGUUCCUGUUCGCGAAGGCAGGUGAGUCCGAACGAGCUGCCAGACAAGCUUCAUCAUCCGAUCACUUGACUACCGGUGAUGAGGACACCACUCCAAUGCCUGCGCCGAAUAAAGAAGAUGCUAAUCACAUCGUUGAUGACACCUCAACAGCUGGCGCGGCACCAGUGUUGAAGGAUGAAGGGGAGAGUAGCGCACUCUCUGGAGAUGCUGUGAGCAGUCCGGAUUUCGGAAUCAAGCAGGCUGGCGCAUAUUCUGGGGGGGACAAGAAGAGCGCAGGCGCAGCACCGCCACGAACAUCUUCCUCUAAGGUCGCGCGGAUAAAAUCCUCACCGGGGCCCUCUGCUGACGAAAGUCGCAAAGUCGUGACAAGUGGUCCGCCACAACCACGCUCGUCCCCGUCCAAGAGCAAAAACCGCAUUUCGGCUGGACAGCCCGCCUCUGGCAGCGGUGCAGCAUCUUCGACGUCAAUACAGGGCUUAUUGCAAAAGGCACAAGUUCGUGAAGAUGGAAGGGCUGCGAGUGUUGGGGCACUGACGCGUGUAGGGCCCUCGCGUGGUAGUCUUUCCCAAAAUUUCCGCGCCAUGCAGACUCCGAUACGCCAUAUGCAAGCAAGCUUGCCAUUCAAGUUUACCGCAUUAUCAGGUGACGAAAGUGAUGAAAUAUCUGAGAAAACAGCAGCUGAUCGACAAGCAGGGUCUGUGCCACCGCUGAACCUCUCCGGUAUUCACGGGAAUAAGCCGCCAGACCCUCUGGUUAUGCGAAUGAACAUCCGCAGCAAUAAGCCGUCCAAAGAUGCGCCAGACGGGGAGCCGCCAAAUCCAAAUGUUGAGGUACUCAAUCUGAAUCUGAACUACUUUAGCUUUAUUUUAUUGUGCAAGUACGUACGACUACGACUGCAAUUUUGAUUACUAACCGCAAUGCAUUUGCAAUUGCAUGCGCAUGUUGUCGACGACAGGGAUUCUCACUAGAACGUAUCUCACCCCCUCUGAUAUCGAUAACUUGAAUCACGCAGGUGAUCAUGCACCAGCAACAGCAAGAGCAGGCUUCGUUUAACCCGUUUCAAUGGGGGGCAUCGUUGGCCAUAGCACGCACCAUGCACGGAAUGGGAGCCUCAGGACUGCUGGGCGGUGCGCGCGGUGGCAGUAGUGGGUUCGCAGCUCCCGCGAAGGCCAUGCAGCUCCAAGAUGCCAGUCCGAUGUUCGAGAAGCUACCUGUGGUGGCGAUUGACGACUACGCAACUCAGCUCCGCGCAAAGUUAACGCAGGGACUGGUGCCUUCAGCGGGUUUGGCCGCGACGCCUACAGGGGCGACGCGGUAUGCCUCGUCCGUACCUUCAGAGCUACAGGGAGGUGCUCCUUCUGGUGGUGUCGACAAUAGGAGCAACAAUCUUCCUCAAGCACCGCAUCAACGGUUUUCGCGCUUAAUGCCGCCACCGUGUCUGCACAUUCCUCCACCGCCAAGAUUUCGGCCACCAAGUGUUUCUCCCGUACUGGCACAGCACAAUAACAAGCCUGGAGACCCGCUUGUGCGAAGUCUUACGCCGGGCGGCCGACUCGGCGGCGGUGGUCCGCGAGGUCGCUCCCCUGGACCAAUGCUCGUGUCACCGCAUUUUCAACCGGCAGGACGCUCGGGUGGUGCGGUUAAGAACGAGAAUUCUCCACUCCAAUCGGCUGCUAAACCUUCUUUAACUAUGGGCGUCGCACCAGCGAAUUCGUCUAUUACGAAGAAAAGCAUCGAACAAGUUCGGGGAGCUGGAUCGUUCACCACGGGUGGCAGUAGUAGUUCCACAUCAAACCCGUAUUUGCCGCGUAGCAGUACAAUCCACUUCGCACCUUCGAAUGACGCGGCUGAGCAGCUUUUGUCAGAUGCUGCUACCUUCAUUCCUUCUCAGACAGCAGAGAAAUUCAAGCGGCAGAUGGGCGGUGACGACUUCAGACACAAGAUUCGGCACGAGGGGUCCUCGAUUGAACCGAAAAUAGAAGCGGGAGACGACAAGCGCAGAGGGACCAUAAUUGCGACUACAUCUUCACAGCCAAGGACUACUAAGACCGGUGGCGGUAGCCCGGCUUCGCGGUCGACGCGCCAGAAUAAGGGUGACUCACCGAAGCGAACGUUUAUGCUUACUCGAUCGCCAUCACCCGCCACCAGGGCGAGUUGCCAGGGAUCGCUGAAAAUUGGGUACUACUUUCUACACUAGCUCUUGCACGACUAGCACACUUUUCUGGGACAUGAAGUGAAUGAGCAGUGUUCAUUGGAUCCAAGAGGACUACACCAGGAUGAAUUUGCGUUUGCGAUGGAGCUUUCUAUUUCUUUUGCAUUCACUUCGUUCCCAGAAAGGUGUCAAAUCUUGCUAGGUAGGCGUAUUGUAUUCUCACUUGUCCACGACCUGUACAUCACCCCCAUGCCCAGCAUCAUCAACGUAAUUAUACAGGUCUCCAUCGCCGCUCGACCCUAAUAUGCCAGCUACAUCUAUGAUGGGCCGUUGUAGUAAACUUUCAAAGUAUUCCGUAUCCGCCUUUGAGGAGCUCGAGCCGACGACGACGUUGGUGACCGGCGUUCUAGAUACUAGCAAGGUGCCCAUAUGGGGUAUCUCUCCGAAAAUAGCACUCCGCGACCCACUUUCUCGAAAUGGAUCAAAGAAAAGUCGCAAAUCAACAAAGUCCCCAUCUCUCGAAGGGCACAGAAGGUGAUCGAAAUCGUCUACCUAUCAGAAUUAGAUUCUGGUCAUUUUUACCACGCUUGGCAUUCGUAUCGGACGUGGCCGUUUGCGUGGUUUCUGCAGGAUGUUAUCAAUUUACAGAUCUUGUUGCACUACCGCGUCUCUUGUUUGAAUGACUCCUGAUCAAUAUCAAGCUCUUUGCAUGGAACGGCUUCAAGAAGAGAACUCUUCUCGCUAUUUAGUAGUUAUUCCUCGAUACAUCUUCAGGUCGCCAUCGGUUCAGCUGCGCACGCGAAAAACGGUUAAGAUUUCUGCUGAUGCACAGUCGAUUACUCUCGAGGACGAGGUGGAUGAAGAUGCACCCACUGCCACGGGAAAAGCUGCGUCAGCUUUUAAGUCUUCGGUCCCAAAGCGCGCUAUCAGACGUCUCAGUGAAGCAAGCAUACGCAAGAUUUGCGGUUUCACCUCACUAAAUCACAACAUGGUUACCGCUGCAGCAGCGCUGUCUUGCUUAGACAACGAGGACGAAAUCGGGUCCCUCCUUUUGGAACUCGACUGCUUUGCGAAGGUAGUAUAAUUGACUGUCUAAGAGAGUCAGCGACUUCUCCCGCUCCUAUAAUUCGCAGGAAGUAAUUCUGAUGAUUAUAGAUUCUCAUCAACAUCAGCACAACAAAAAUGGCUCGUGAUCAUGAGGUGAAUCGCUGUUGCAGUGUUGGUCUUGCCUCUCCGCUUCCUGCAGUUCCUAUUUUUUAUCAAAUUUUCAUCAGGUUGAACGCUUAGACUUGCUGAAAGACGUUAAUGGUCUGCAGAUGGCAGAUCUUAUCACAAGUCUAGAAGUCUAUGCUGGCGUCCGACAUCGGGGCGAAUUCCAGCCUCACACUGAUGCGCUUGCUUAUGGCUCUCAUUUCAGGCACUAGUAUCAGAAAGUCCUACAGGGAAUUGAAAUUCGAACUGCUUCUACUAGCACGUCACGAGUUCUUCCUCUCCCAGCGGACUCCAACACGGAAAUAAAAAAUAGAUUUUCAACAUCUUUUUAAGCACUUAUACUUACAUGGAGUCAAGGUCAACAAGAAUAGGAAUACAAAUACUUUUUACCGUCGAUUGUAGAGUUUCAUCUAAGUCCACCUGCCUGAUGGACGACGAAUCCAGUGGCCAGACCGAGCAGCUAUUGUGCACUCCAAUGUGGAGGAAAAGGAGGAGCUUCGACUUGCGAUGGAGGGCGACAAAAAAGCGCGCUCCCUCCGACGCAUACAGAGGAUGGUGCGACGAUGGCUCUUUUUGCGUCGCCUGAGCGAUUACGUCGACCGCAUCGCGGACUGGCGUGAGGUCUUGACCGAAAUGUCCAUAGCGGAGUUGAGAUUAAGUACGGCCAUCAGGAUUCAGCGGCAGUACAGGGUGCACCGGGCGCGACAGCGAUGGCACGACACAAUUAAGCUGCGUGAGCGCCUCAUCACGCAGGAGCAAGAGGACGCGCGACGCGAGCGAGCAGCGCAACGAGAACGGAAACGUCUUCUAGAGCUAGAGAAAAAGCGAGCGAAAGAGGAGGAGGAGCGGCAGCGCGAACUUGCGCGGCGGCGUGAGGAACAGCGCAAGCGGGAAGAGGAGGAGCGCAAAAGACAGGAAGAGGAGCGGCAGAAACAGUACGAAGAUAUGGUCGUGCGCAGAGUGCAGCGCAUGUAUCGCUCAAGAAAGCUCCGCCAGAGCAUUCUAAAGUUGGUCUGGGGCGCCAUGGACCUGGAGGAGGAGGUGAAAAAACAGCGGAAACUCGAGGAAGAGCGCCUGGCGGAGGAGAAAAGGAUAGAGGAGGAGCGCUUGCGACUAGAAGCGGAGAAGCAGGCUGCAACAGAGGCACUGCGGAAGCAGGAAGAAGAAGCGCGCGAAAGGGAGCGCCUGCGGCUGGAAGAGGAAGAGAGGCAACGCAAAGCCCGAGAGGCGGCAAUCCACAAGAUCUGCGUGUGGUGGAGUCGUCGGAAAUUCCGAACCCGAUGUUCCUUAGUCCUGAGUCGACGAACGAGUCUCUCUGCCAUGAUCGUCGCGCAACAGAUUCGCACGCGGGAAAAGCUCCGUGAUGAUGCUGCGAAGAAGCUACAAGGAUGGUGGCGAAAGUACAUUUGCUACAAGACGUUUCGCAAGAAAUGGUCCUACGAGAUUCAUGUUCGCGGGCUUCGAACACGCAUGCAACUACUGAACUCGAAUUUCGACAACAAGAAGUUCCACGCUGUCAAGAUCCAGCAGUGGUGGCGAUCCUACAGGCUGCGCGUCGCUUGGCGACAGCGUAUGGUGCCGCUCAUCAAUGGAGUGCGUGAGGCGAAGGUGGCUAAGCGAAAAGAGGACCGGCGAAAUCGAUGCGCCACUGCAAUCCAGCGCUCGUUCCGCAUCUACUCCUUCCGUCAGUGCGUACAGCGCGGAACCCAUGGCCCGCCUGAGCGCCGGCUCACAGCACGGGCCGCCGCAAUUAUUGCACUGGAGAGGCACGAAUAUGAAAGCAUGAUAGCGAAAAAACUGCAGAGCCGGUGGCGUCUGAAAAAACUGAGGGACACCAUCUUCGCUUCGAGUGUGGGAGCUAUUGACCUUGAAGGCAUAGUGCGUCGACAGUACGAGAAGGAGGCUCAGGAGCUUGCGGAGCGGCUUGAGCGCGAACAGCGUCUGCUUGAAGCGCGAUGCGGCCAAAUGCUGACCCACUGGUGGCGCAGUACGGUUUUACGCGUGCUCGUGACAAACGGCAACUUCGCGCGCUGCGUUUCCCUACAGUGGCAAACUGAAGCCGUGCGCGUGCUCCAGCACAGUUUCCGCGAUGGCUCUAUUGGAAGGUGGCGCGUCAGCAAGAAACAAGAGGCGCUCAUGAGAGCGUGGAAGGAGGAGCAACGGUUGCGGGAAAUCGAAGCGUUCCGAAAAGAGCGAGAGGAGCGUCUCCAUGCUGAGCAAGAGCGUCUCAGGUUAGAGGAGGAGGAGCGCCUGGAACAGCUGGAACGCGAAAGAUUGGAAGCGGAGGAGGCUGAGAGGCAGCUUCAGCUGGAAAAAGAGGAGCGAGAAAGACAGAAAGCACUCGCCGAGGAGGCGCGGUUCCGAGAACUGGCUGCACAGGAGGAAGAGAGGCGCCGCAGGGAGGCUGAGGAAGAGAACAGACGGCGAAAAGAGGCAGAAGACAUUCGCGAGGCAGAGAUCGAGCGCCUGCAGCAACGACGGUCACGGCAACGCACCGGGGCCAUGCGAGAUGCUUGGAACAAAGAGCUCGAGGACGCUGCCGCCGACCGCCGAACUCGAGAGGCGAUAGAAGUGCAGGAACUCGAGGAAGCCAUCCGAAAGCAGGCCGCAAACGAAGAAGCGAUGAGACUCGAGGCGGAGAGGAGAGCAGCAGCGCAGGCGACCGCGGACGCUCAACGCCGGGAGGAAGAAUACCGCCUCAGCGAAGAGCGUGCCAAGGCAAAGAUGUUUGAAACGGCAGAGACUGUGCGGCAAAGUCUAGCCGGUGUCGCGAAGCGCGUUGUGUCGAAAAAAGUAGCUGAAGACGAAGAGCGUGCUGAGCGUGAGCGAAUGAAGGUCGAACGCCGUGAAAGAUAUGACGAAGAGACGAAACGGAAGACCGAAAAGGGCCGCCGCUUGAUAGACGCGCUGAACAAAACCGCGGACGACAGCAAGCGUGAAAUAGCGCGCUCACGCUUAGGAAAUGCGACUGAGAAAGCACGCGCGAGUGCGCACGAGCUGAUCCAAAGGAGAGACCGCGUCUCUGCUAUCCUUGGCGAUAUAGAAUCCCGCGCCGUGGCGACGGACAAGGAGGAACGCGCGGCCAAGGACAAAGAAAAGCAUGACCGUGUGACUGGCUUGCUGCAUCGGGCUGGAAAUCUAGCUCUCGACCAGGGCCACGAGAAGAUAGCGAAGAAGGACAGCAUCGCCACGCUGCUCUCUGAUACUGCUCACGCGGAGUCGCAGCGCCGGCAGAGCGAGAAGGAGAGGCUUGCCUCUCUGUUGCAUGGCGCAGGACAACGUGUCUUGACUGGUGCGAAGGCGAAGCUGGCCGAGAGGGAUCGCGUAGCGAGUCUCCUGAGCAACGCUGCGGCAGCAGAGAAAGAGCGUGUUGAAGAGCAUCGGGCGCGCAUUCGGCAAUCCUUGCGGCAGGAGAAGGUCGCCGAAGCCGGGCAAAGGAAGCUGACGCGCAAAAGCACAGUAGCAGCCAUGCUCUUUGACACAGCUGAUGCGGAGCGGCGCCGAAAGCAAGAAGAGCGGAGGCGGCUUGGCGCACUAUUCAAGCGGGGGAACGCAGCUGCCGUCGAGGAGGCGCUCGAGAUGUUGGCAGAGAAAUCUCGACUGCUGAAACUAUUGUGCAGCACCGCGGACGGCGACGGGCUUCGCACAAGCAACGAGCAACGCGAACGAGCGCUGGCAACUGUGGAGGAGACCUUGGGCCCGAAAGCGGUCCUGGUAGCAAUACAGAAGUUUGUGGAGUGGGACAAAAUUGUGAAGAUGCUCACUGAGACGGAGGACGCCGAGCGCGCACGCACCGAGGCAGAGGCGCAGAAGUUCACUUCAUUCUUCAAACAAGGCGAUGAAGAUGCACUGCUUGAGGUUCAGCACAUGCUGACCGCGAAAGACGAGCAAGCUGAGCUUCUAUCUUCCUGCACUCAGGAUGUGGCAGAGAAACGCGUCCGGGACGAGGACAAUGCCCUGUUAACCGCAUUGUUCCGUCGUGGAGGGGAAUACGCAUUGAAAAAGACCAUCGAACUCUUUGAGAAGCGAGAUGAGGCUGGCUUAGCAAUGUGGCAGCACACGAUCCAAUUCACCUCAGAAGACGGAAAAGCUUCUGCAAGUCAGGAGGAAAUCGCUGAGUCGGUGGAAAGUGCAAAGGCGCACGACCGAGCCAAGAUCGGAUCCCUGUUUAACAUGAGCGCGGAGAGCGGAAUGACACAGGCACGUGAGAUGCUGGGCGACAAGAUUCGCGUCUCGCAGCUUCUUGCCGACCCAGCAACGCAAGCGCAGCGAAGGCGGCAGCGACUGCGUGGCCUGCUUCGCGCUUCAGAAAAUUUUGCCGCGCACCCAGACGUGUCGGAGGCAGUUGCCCCGCAACAGCGACUCGCGGUGCUGCUUGCCGAUCACGCAGCCGCAGAAACGAAACGUCGUGAGGAAGAACGGGCGCGCCUGUACGGUAUCUCAAAACGUGAGAGCCAGGCGGCACUUGUCGACAUCCAAAGAAAGUUCGAGGAACGGGACAGAGCUGCGGAGCUAGGGUCGCAUGCAGGGCGAGCGGAAGUUCAGAAGGGACUUGCAGCGCGCGAAAAGCUAGUCGAGAUGCUGCGCAGCGCUAGUCGGGAUGUUAACGGACAGGAAAAAGAGCAUUUUUCAGGCCUGUUAAAGAAAGCGGGUAUGCAUGCCCAAGCAGAGGCGCUGCAGCGAAUUGAAGAUAAGCAGCGCAUCGCCCAACUCCUCAACGCAGCUGGAGACGCGGUGGCCGAAAAGCUAGUGCACGACCGAGAGCGCUUUGCGGAACUGCUGCGUGCUGACAGUGACCAGGAUCUUGAACUCGACGAUGCGCCUGUGGCCGGUGAGGAAGAUGAGGAAGGCGCUGACGCAACGACUACAAAUACUCCGAAAUCGCGCACUUCGUUCACCAAAAGAGCAUCUGCGAUGUUGCUUGCACCGCAGAGAGCUUCGAGUCACGAACGAUUCCAGGCGCUCCUGACCGAGUCGGGGCGCGCAGCGGCGGAAGCAAAGCUCGAAGAACACGAACGGCGUGUGGAACUCCUCAAGGAGGCUGGCGAGCGCGGACAGAGCGAGGACGCAGAAAAGGCAGCGGCUGGCGCCUAUCUAGGCUCAAGUGCAUCUCGAAAGAGCGCCGCCGCCGCCUACCUUUUGACUCCAGAGGGCCAGGCGGAAGCUGCGAAACGGCGAAAAGAGAAUGACGAACUAGCGGACGUUCUGUUAGAUGCGGGUCUGGUUGCUUCGGCCGAGGCUUUGCGCAAAAUGCACGACGGGCCGGGACGAACCCAAUUAUUGCUGGAGUCUGCGGCUGCCGAAGAGAAGCGCGUAGGCGAAGAGCGUUUACAGCUGCACGAGAUAGCGCGCAUAGCGAUCGCGGAUGAGCACGAGCACAACAGAGCACACGCGGAAGACGAGGAGCGGCGCCAGAUCGAGGAACGGGACACGGCGGUGAGACUCUUGAAAAAAGCUGGCAUGCAUAAAGAGGCAGAGGCGGUAAAAGCGAUGACAAUUUUGCCAGUCCUCGAGGACUCUGCACCAAUACCUGCAAAGGCAUCUUCCUCAACGAAGCGCGAUGAGGCUGCUAAGGAGAAUGGGGACGUCGAGGGACCCACGUCUACUUCUCGCGGGCUUGAAUCAGGUCCAAUGAGAACUCCAGAUACGUCCACACCAGCUCCAGCGAUCAGCAGAGGGCAAAGCCGUGGGGAGUUCGUCGCGGGGCCUGCUAUGACAAAUGAGCAGAUUGCGCGAAUUUUGCACAGUGCCUCGGCAACAUUGCGUGCGCAUGCAGAGGAAGAAGAGGCGGCGCGAAAAGAGGCAGAGGAAAGCAAGAAGAAGAGUGCGCGGCAGCGACGUUCAGAGCUUACCCAGCUGCGGCUUCUCGAACACGCCGAAGCCUCAAAGGAGUCGGCCGAAAAGAAGUUUGAUAAGCUUGAAGACUUCAUGAAGUACCCGACUGCAGGAAGCACUAGUGUACUAAGACGGCUAAGCAAGGGUGCCACGGCUGCAUCUUCGGGUGCUGAGGGGGAAACGCUUGGAGUCAACGUUGAACCUCAUAUCGCCCGUGCAGCUUCGUCUUCGUCAAGUGGCAGCUCGUCCAGCGGCAAAGAUGACGAAGCGCGCGAGCAAGAGGCAGCACGCGUGGCAGGCGUUCGCGGCAAGUUGGUGCAGGCCUUACUGAAGUCCGCCCACACCGGCGGAGAAGUAGGCACCACUGACAUCGAUGACCUCAUUCGAGAACUCGUACACCAUCGACUUGAAAGCAGGACGGGGGAUAGAGUGGGUGAAACAGAAGACGCAUCAGCGAUACAUGACUUCGUAGACCCUGCGACUGGGCUAUUUCGUGGUGAUGCAGACAAAACUGUCAUGGCGCAAACUAGUGACGAAGUCCUAGAAAUUCUCGAUUCUCUUGAGAAUGAAUUCACAAGUGCAAUGGCCGUCAAAAAGCUUGUGCGAGAGCACACAAAGGAACUGCGGGCCGCAGCUGCAAGAGGUACUUAGAUUGAUCUGGUAAGAGCGUGAAAAAUGAAUAUCAUCAUCAAAAGACAACAAGUCUAGAUGUAUAUUUGAGAUCUUAAAAAAAUUAUGUUUAUAAUGGUCGUGCCGAUAAUGAUAAUAGUUGUUUUGCUCAAUUUCUAUGUCUAAUUUGAUGUUGAAGAAUUUGAUCGUGAACGUAAACUUUUUCUCCAUGAUCAAUUUUGGAUUUCUUCAAAUCUCUCUUGAUCAGAUGUGCGCGUAAAGAAGCUUGUAUCCAGCAUAGUGAAAGACGCAGCGACUACUCCAGAGAAAGCAGGCGGCAUUGAGUGGAACGCAGCGACAGCCGAGGAAGUAACCACUGCACUGGGCCACGGCUUGAGGUUGCUGCGGAUGAAAAUCUACACUCUAAGCCGCUGGGAUCAGGAGCUGAAACAGAAAACAGAGAUGACCCAAAAUAUUUCCCAGAUUCAACAGGCUAUCAAGAGUCGCGCUUCAGCAAUGUCAAGCAGCGUCCUCCCGUCAGCAGCAUUGUACCAGCAGCGGCUUAGUGCGGCUAGUGGUAUCCCGACUGCUGGAGGAAAUAGUUUGAGGGCAUCUUCGUCAACAUCGUUAUUAGCCGGAGGAGUCGGUGGAGGUCCUAGAGCAGCACUAGGUAGUGAUGCACGUGUGGUACAAAAUGCCGGUGGUCAGGAACUACGUAGACCUCGGUCAGGCGGUUUGGCUCCCUCAAGUGGAGGCGGAGCAAGUCCCUAUGGAGGAACCAGCGUCGGCAUUGUGUCCCGCUCUAGCUCACGAGGCAGCGCCCAAGGUUCGCCCUCAAUACGAGCUUCGAGAAAUGUGGCUCAAAUACAGGGAGUUCGCGCAACUAUCGUCGUGGAUCCGGCGACAAGGCAGAGCAUCGCUGUCGCAUCAACAAGUUCCGCUGUGACGACUUCCACUGGAAGCGUGGUGAAGCCGAGCAUAGGUGCCUCACCCAAAGCGGUCGGUAGAGGCGUUAGCCUAGCCGCUGCAGGAGUUACGACUGCAUCUAGUACAGCUGGAAGUAGCAGACCGGGCACUUCUCUUACGGGUCCGACAUCCCGAACAUCGACACCAGUUGCCGCAACGGCUUCCCCAUCAUCCUCGACAGCUGCUAGCCGGCCGGCAAGACCUAUUGUGUUGAAUAAUGCUACGACGGCGUCUUCCUCUUCACCGACACCAUCGAUGGCUGCGCGCUUUGCGAAGGCAGCUGCCCCUCCUGCAACCACAGCCCCAUCAUCCUCCCCAUCAAAAACUACAAAACUUACACCCGCAGGCGGAUCAGCAGCUGAGUCGUCUCCGUCCUCUCGCUCUGCUGCAAGAGCCACAAGAGCCCCAGCAGCGGGAGUUUCUUCUCCCUCAAGUAGAGUCGGCGGCGCUGCAGCGCGCACUGCGGUUGCAGCCAGGACCAUCCCUGUUCGCCCUGGCGCAGCAGGCACAGCCGCCAAAGCUUCCCCAGGACCCUCGUCCUCGGGAGCAUCCGCAUCGUCGCCCAGUAGGGUAGGAGCUGCGACGUCAAAGGCUCUAGCUGGGGCCAGAGCGACAGCAGGUGCCCGCACAGCUGUUCCCAAAUUUGGCAUGAGCCAUGCUAAGGCGGCCUCUCCAACGGCUUCACGUUCGCGACUUCCUACGGCUGCGCCGUCUACUGGAACAGGCUCCGGCAAGAGCAGUCCUACCUCGACGGCAAAACAACGGGCGGCAAAGUAAUUUUCCUAAGGCUAUUCCUGUUAUAUAACCCUUAGAUGGUAGUUGUAUCCUAUAGAUAUUACCGCAGUAACAGUAUUAAUAAAAACGAGUUUCUCGUUGUUGAGUACUCGCCUUACAGCAUAAAGUAGUAGCAGCUUCUCCGAAGGUUAGCCAUAGCCCUGCCUCUCGACAUCAACGAAUUACCCUCACAGCUUACCGGUAACACAGUUAGGAGACCCCUUCUUAGAAUUAUAGCAUAUCGAUGAAAAUCAUCUUCAUCCAUUUUUCUGUUUUUCCUUAGUUAACGCAUCAAGAGAUGGAAUUAUGUAGGAAAAAAGGAUAGCAACAUCUUCUUAGCCGUGUCGCCCCUUAGACACCAGCACGCAACAUCUAAAGAAUACAGGCCAAGGGCAGCGCCUGACGCUGAGGCCGUAAUGAAAUUAAAACUCGUAGCGCCAGUUCCGAGAACAACGUUAACAAGCCCUAAAUCUUCUCCGAGUAUUGAUAGCAAUCAAUACAUCAUAGCACAAAGGAACAUCAACUUCUACUUGCUUAUGCAGUCAUAUUUUCUCAGCGGCAGUGUUCAACUCUGAAAGGAGUGUACCUGCACGCACUGGCACUCGCAUGGACUCUGAUCAUCACCAUCACUGUAACUACUCGUACUCACAUACUUAUCAUAUAUUUAUAAUAUAUGCUUUACUAACCUCGAUAAUUUGUUUCCCUGUCAUGACAGGUAUUUUUCCUUGAGCUUUGCUAAAGAAUGAAAUGAUCCAAAAUCGAAGUGAGCUAUGGCGUCCACAGUGCUGAGUAGAAGCAUUAGGCUCAUUGUGUAAGUCUUUACUCGAAGAACUACUAGCACAGCUACUAGAAAGUAGUACUAAGGUGACAAUAUCAAUAUUACGGCUACGGCUCGAGUGUUGAAAUGACAUUGGACGGACGUUAAUGGGAGUAGGUAGCUGCUGUACUUCAACAAGAAUUUCAUGGCCGCGCCGACGUUGACUGUGCAGGAGCAAUGAAUGAUUGGAGGUGGUGGGUGUACUGCAUUUGUUGUAGUUGUAUGGCACUACAGAAAACGCAAGUUAGGGGACACUGAGAUGAUAUUCGUGUCUUUCGUGUGUGGAGUAAAGUACGGACACAAUCACGAGCGAAUGAUGAAGGCAUUUUUCGAACUAGGCUGAGGCAGCUUUGUUACAGGGGGCUCAACUAC